CGCAUUAUUUAUGUUGCAUGUGUGCAGCUCUGCUGAUGAAAUACGCUGCUUAAAAUAAGCAUGUUCGCCCACUGCGCCCUUAAAACCGUGCAGGGGGCGUGGCCCCGAUGCAGAUACACCGGAAUUCGGCCACUGGCCGCCGGUUUCCACGUGAGCGCCCCGCAAAUGGAGCCAAGCAAGCAGACCAAACUUGAGCUAAAGCGUCGCCUGAAGGCCGAGCAAAAGGCCAAGGAGAAGGCUGAGAAGGCGGCCGCUGCGCCGGCUGAAGGUGCUGCUGGCAAGAAGAAGAGCAGCGCUGCAGAGGAGGAGGAGAUCUCGCCGAAUGAAUACUUUAAGCUGCGCUCCGCCGCCGUCCAGGAGCUGAAGCGUUCGCCCGUAACGGAUCCCUAUCCACACAAGUUCCAUGUGAGCAGCUCGCUGGAAGACUUCAUUGCCAAGUACGAGAGCAGCCUCAAGGAGGGCGAGACCCUAGAGAAUGUGAAACUGAGCGUGGCUGGGCGUGUGCAUGCCAUACGCGAGUCGGGCGCCAAGCUCAUCUUCUACGAUCUGCGCGGCGAGGGCGUCAAGGUGCAGGUGAUGGCCAGCGCUAAGUCCUACAAGUCGGAGGCGGAUUUCGAGACCGAUACCUCCAAACUGCGACGUGGCGAUAUCAUCGGCGUGGUCGGACAUCCCGGUAAAACCAAGAAGGGUGAACUGUCUGUGAUGCCCAGCGAGAUCAAGCUGCUAUCGCCCUGUCUACACAUGCUGCCCCAUCUGCAUUUCGGGUUAAAGGAUAAGGAGACGCGCUACCGCCAGCGCUACCUUGAUCUCAUUCUCAACAACAAAGUGCGAGAGAACUUCCAGAUCCGUGCCAAGAUCAUCUCUUACGUGCGCCAGUUCCUGGAUCGUCUGGGUUUCCUGGAGAUUGAGACGCCCAUGAUGAACAUGAUCGCCGGUGGAGCCACUGCCAAGCCCUUCGUGACGCAUCACAAUGACCUGAAGAUGGAUCUGUUCAUGCGCAUUGCUCCCGAACUGUACCACAAGAUGCUGGUGGUGGGUGGACUCGAUCGUGUGUACGAGAUCGGACGGCAGUUCCGCAACGAGGGCAUCGACCUCACCCACAAUCCCGAAUUCACCACGUGCGAGUUCUACAUGGCGUAUGCCGACUACGCCGACAUUAUGGACAUCACCGAGCAGCUGGUCUCGGGAAUGGUGAAGGCGAUCCGUGGCUCCUACAAGAUCAUCUAUCAUCCGGAGGGUCCAGAGGGACCUGAGCAAGAACUUGACUUUACGCCGCCCUUCAAGCGAGUAUCCAUGAUCAAAACGCUGGAAGAGAAGCUGCAGGUGAAGUUCCCCGCGGCCGACACCUUUAAUUCGCCAGAGACGAAUCAGUUUCUGUCCCAGCUGUGCGCCAAGCACCAGGUCGAGUGCCCAGCACCGCGCACCACUGCCCGCCUGCUGGACAAGCUCGUCGGCGAAUUCAUCGAGGAGUUUUGCGUGAAUCCAACAUUCAUCUGUGAGCAUCCGCAGAUCAUGUCGCCGUUGGCCAAGUACCAUCGCAGUAUUCCCGGCCUGACGGAACGCUUCGAACUGUUUGUGGCCAAGAAGGAGAUCUGCAAUGCGUACACCGAGUUGAACGAUCCGGUUGUGCAGCGCGAGCGUUUCGAGCAGCAGGCCAGCGACAAGGCGGCCGGUGAUGACGAGGCCCAGCUGGUCGACGAGAACUUCUGCACGUCCCUGGAGUACGGACUGCCGCCCACCGGAGGUUUUGGCAUGGGCAUCGAUCGCCUGGCCAUGUUCCUCACGGACUCCAACAACAUCAAGGAGGUUCUGCUGUUCCCCGCCAUGAAACCGGAGGAUGCCAAUCGCACGGCAGCGGAAACUGCUCCCGCCGCCCAACAGUAGAUGGCCACCGCCGCUCACUCAACUCAGACCCAAUCCUUGUACGUUACGCUGGUCCCGGACUAGUCCCAGUUGCUAAGUUAUUCAACCAAUAAACAUUUUUUCCAAUAACCAAA